AUGCCGGCAAGGUGGGGUGACGCCGCCUACGCAGACACCCAGCCAGACGGCACCGAUCCGACAUCAGGACCCGAGCUUGCUCUCAGACAGUCUCAUGGACUCGUCGUCUGGGCAUGUGCCGCCAUCCCCAACCGCUUCAGUGGCGUCGGCUGCUGGCGUGGCAACGACUCCGGUGGCCACACCGGUGGCGACGCCGGCAACGGCUGCUCCGAAUCCGCCCCGGGGCAUUUCAGGCGGGGUGGUGCCUUCGCAGACUCCUGGCCAGCCGGCACCGGCGCCACUUCGACAUCAGGAACCCAGCUUUCUGUCAGACAGUCUCAUGGACUCGUCGUCUGGGCAUGUGCCGCCAUCCCCAACCGCUUCAGUGGCGUCGGCUGCUGGCGUGGCAACGACUCCGGUGGCCACACCGGUGGCGACGCCGGCAACGGCUUUGCAGGGCCAGAGUAUCUCAUGGAGCGGCGGUUCUUCGCUGCCACCGGGCUCGUGCGGUCCAGUGGUGCAAAGCCGAGGUUCAACACCACGGCUUGCGACGAAGCAACAGACGAAGCACGGAUUCGGACCCAGAUGUUUCCUCAUGGCAUGGAAGAGGAUGUCUUGGCCUUCCUGGACCAGAAGGAACGGGAGGUCAGCAUGAUCUUUUCCAAGACGCGGGCUCAGCUGCUGCAAUCCAUGCCCAUGCCGCCAAACACGGAUGGAUCUGGCUCAGCCGUGACGGCUCGCUCUGACGAGGCCACAGUGAGGUGGAGGGAAUUUGGCGAGCCGUUCUACCGCGCGAUUUCCCUUGCUCGCUGCAAAAGGCUGCGUGGCAGUGUAAUGGCCGGCUGGAGACCUGGACGCGGCCAUCUGCGAAGAUUUGUCCAGACAGAAUUGAAGCACUUGGCCUUUGACAAGUCGGGCCUGAGAUUGGGUGACAAGCUGGUUGCUAAGUGGCAGCAGCUGGCUAUGGCUUCUGUCCGCUUGCGUUCUGACGGCCAAUCUUUGGAUGUUGUUUUCGCAUCAGCGGACCAUUCCAUCUUCGAUUUUGCACAGGUUUCGGUGCCAAUGGACGCCUCUGCGACUGCCUUGCUUCAGGCGAUCCAUGCUGCUCAGCUUCCGGUGAGAAGCAUCUCCCAGACGGUUCUGACAUGGCCAAUUCGGGCUCUGCACCCGCGUCUAACCUUCAAGGAGGUCUACUGGCUCCACUCAUCGAUUUCCAAUGCCUUAGAGGUCCUAUUCGGACUGACCUUUUUUCUCACGCUCCAUAGCCGCCUCUACUCCUCUGCCAACGGGGUACUAUCUUCUCUCAUGAAACUAUGGGAGGAUAUCCAGAAUAUCUUUGCAGGAGAGAAUCUGUCUGAAUGGCCGUGGCUUGCAAGCUGGUAUCUGGUUUUGGAGAGCUUCCGAGGCUAUGGCGGGGGCUUUCUGAUUCCAUUGACAAUGCCGCUUCACCUUUGCCUCCUGCUCUUAGACUUCCAUGCCGAUAUUCUCAUAUUGACGAUGUUCUUGCCCCACGUCUUCCUUCUGUGGCAUUCGGUGACCAGCUUCAUCGUCGCCGUGCAGAAAGCUGUAGCCAUAUUCCUGAACUUGACGCGGGGCCGAGCCAAGGGCUCCAAGAAGGAUUGA